AUGUCAAACGAUAUCUUAAAUAUUAACACCAUUGAAAGUUACCAAAAUUUUAUUUCCAAUUUAAGCGAUAACGAUAGAAGAUCUAUAAACACUGUUUUAAAUGACGGAUCUAGUUAUAUUGUCAGAAAUGAUCAAAUCGUCGCUAAUUUAAAUGACAAUGUGAGAAAAUAUUUACUCAAAUUGAAUACUUAG